AUGGUGCAUAUCGUGGGCUUCCUUCUCAUUGCCCUGGCAGCCGGUUUCCGGUCGAAGAGCGACCCGGCCUCGCCGUGGGACGAGCAUCCGGCGAGCUCCGCCGAGGAGCUGCAGGGGCUCCUGAGAACUGCGCUGGCAGAGGCCAACACAUCUGAAGCCGCCGGAGACGAGCCCAGCGAUGCAGAAGCACAGGAGGAGAUCCUUAAAGAGCGGGUUGCCAUCAUCAUGAAGGAUUGGCAGAGCGCCAGCGCAGGCGCUUGCCAUCAGCAGCUCGGGCGGUUGAUGAACAACCUCACGCUUGCAUGCGAAUCCGCGCAUCCGAAAGCCGACUGGCUUCUCGACUACUACGACCCCAUUCUUCCGAACAAAACGUGCGCCGACAGUGUCAGCGACAUCUUCGCGUUGGGAAACGAAUUGGUGGAAACCCUCCGCGUCUCCAGAGAUGCCGUUGCUUCCGUGGAUGUGGCCGGCGAAACGCUCCGUCGAUAUCAAGCACUCUCCUUCCUGAGGAGCUGGCUAGUGGAGCUGACCGAGACUCAUCAUCGUGCACUGCUUUGGGCUGGCUUCUGGGACGGUGACCCCGAGAGCCGCACGACGCAAGCCGCACUCUCCAACUUUGCCAAGGCAAUCGAGCACGCGACCGUGCACCCGAACACCUUCCUGGGCCGAGCCAUCGAGGCCAGCGAGAACCUCGACGCCUGCUACGAAGAUGCCCUGACCAGAGCGCUUGCAGGGAACAUGUGGUCCAUCGCUAGCAUGAGCUUCGUGCUCGGGAUGCGCGAAAGGGCACAAGGAACGGUCAUCGCAUUGGUCAACAAGCAGAUCACGGGUGAGCGUAGCUUGUCAGAGUCCGUGCUGUCAACGCAUGAAAUCCCGACACUGGGGCUCGCAGCCUGGGGCCUCGGGUUCUGGUCUCCAAAAGUGCUGGUCGUGGACCUCAUGGGCACAUGCGACAAGACGAGCCCUGCGCUGCAGAAGCGGCUCCUCGCCCGCCUGCCCUCUUGGGCCAAGGCAAUGACGAACUGGAGCCCAGAAGCCUUCGCGACGAGGUCGCGGCUCCAGUGGCAGUGCAUCGACUGCUCGGGGGCUUGCAGCCUGGACAAGGCCUUGGCACAGCACGUGGAGAAGUUGGUGGAGGCCAAGGAGGUGCAAGACCGGAAGGACCAAGAGCUACGCCAGGUCGUGAGCCCUCGUCUUGCGGCCUCGGCCGCUGACAAGCUCAGCAAGAACGAGCUCAGCCUCACGCACAAGCUGCUGAUUACUGUGGUGAAGAGCUCGGAGAGUCGAACGCGUGAGCUGUCCAAGCAUCUGAAGGCAAGGGCUUGGGAGGCGCAGCUUGGGAUGAGUGAGCUCGACGGCCCAGAAAGGCAACUGCAUGUGGAGCACCUCCUCCAAGAGAAUGCCGAUCCGAACCCUCCGGACCUGCUCGGCCACACAGCCCUCAUCUAUGCUGCAUUAGAGGGACGCGUGGAGCUGGUCGAGACGUUGCUGAAGGCCAGCGCCCAGUUAGAGGCCCACGAUGAGCAAGGCAGCACCGCCCUCAUCUCUGCUGCAACAAAUGGCCACUUGAAGGUGGUCGAGGCUUUGGUGAAGGCUGGAGCCCAGCUGGAGGCCCGGAAUCAGAUUGGCCAUACAUCCCUCAUUGUCGCUGCAGUGAGUGGGCACCUGAAGGUGGUCGAGGUCUUGGUGAAGGCUGGCGCCCAGCUGGAGGCCCGGAGUCAGAUUGGUGGCUAUACAUCCCUCAUGCUCGCUGCAGUGAGUGGGCACCUGAAGGUGGUCGAGGUCUUGGUGAAGGCUGGCGCCCAGCUGGAGGCCCGCAAUGAGGAUGGAAGAACAGCCGGAAGUCAAGUAGAGGGGAGACACAGUGAGCAAGGCUUCACCGCCCUCAUGUGGGCUGCUAUCUCGGGUCACCUGCACGUGGUUGAGGCCUUACUGGAAGCUGGAGCCCAACCGCAGGCCCGCGAUGCGGAAGGCAAAACUGCCUUAGACCGUGCACAAGACUUUGGACACCUGCAGAUUGCAGACAUCCUACGGAAGCACAUCGUUGCCCACUGA